CGUCGCUGGCGUCUCUGCACGCGGCCCGGGGCUGAGGCGAGGGCUGUGCAUGCGCCUCCUGUGAGGAAUGCAACUGGGCUGAGGCCAAAGGAGAAGGAGGUUAGGCGUCCUCAGGCAGGUUCCGCUGUGAUUUCCCGGGAGCUGGGAAGGGGCUUUGAGGCGAGGCGAGCACGGAAGAGCUCUCCGCAGGAAGGCGCGGCCCGGGGUUCCCAGAGCCGCGCUGUGGCGGGCGGGCGCCGAGCUUGGCCCCGGGCCGGGGCUGCGCUGCGGUCGGGGGUCUGGGGCUGAGGCCCGGGAACGGGCGCCCCUCCUUCGCUCGCCUCCGGGCCCGGGGAGUCCCACUCCCGCUCCCUGUCUCAAACACCUUGUGAGUCAUUUCACUUGCUUCCAAGUUUUUUUGGUUUUAAUUUUUUAAAAAGAGUUUUGGUCUACGCAGGCGAUUUUUGUUCAGUGGCAAAAAUGAAGGAAACGCACAACACUAUGAAGACGACGACGAAGGUGGCCCAGAGAAAUGGCAUUUCUUGGGCGAAAGGUGUGCACACUUUACCCUCAGAGGUUCUGCCAGUGGCCGGCACCCACCGAAUGUCCUGUGGCAGAAGGCAAGGGCCUUCGUGUGUCCUGGUCACCCUUUCACCAUGGAGGGCAUUACCUGGAGCACUGGAGUUGCUCAGUCGAUGCCGGUGAAGUGGAUGGGAACUCCACGACACUGUCUUCCAUUUCGACUGAGGAGCACAGGACUCAAGCCGCGCAGGCUGCCCGACACACAGAUAGCGUGACCCUGAGACGGGAGUUUCUGGAGGACUGUGGUUCUUUUCAACACUGCUGUGGUGUAAAGUUGUUUGUGAAAGAAGGAAGCACGCAAAGCCUUUUGGAGGACCUGAAGAUCCUUGCAGAAUGCCGGAGGAGAGCUCUCCCAGGCGGACACCGCAGAGUGUUCCGUACAAGGACCUCCCUCACCUGGUCAAUGCCGACGGGCAGUACCUCUUCUGCCGGUACUGGAAACCCUCCGGCACACCCAGGGCCCUGGUCUUUGUGUCCCACGGAGCCGGGGAGCACUGUGGCCGCUAUGAUGAGCUGGCGCGGAUGCUGGUGGGGCUCGGGCUGCUGGUGUUCGCCCAUGACCACGUGUUUGAAAAACAUGUUAAUUUUUCUUGCCUUCGUAAAUAUGAGAGUGACAUUGCUGCCUGAAGAGUUCCCGGGGGCCCAGCCCGUGGUGGGCUCGGUGAAGUCGCGUGUCAGGAGUGGGAGGGAGGCUCUGGCUGCCUCCAUGUCCCUUCCAGUUGGCCACGGGCAGAGCGAGGGGGAGAGGAUGGUGGUGUCUGACUUCCAGGUGUUCAUCAGGGAUGUGUUGCAGCACGUGGAUGUGGUGCAGAAGGACCACCCGGGGCUUCCCAUCUUCCUCCUGGGCCACUCCAUGGUACCGUCCUCGGGGCUCUGGGCCGGGACGACAGCCCCGCUGGAGACCCGAGCCGGUGCCGUUAGGAGCCGGCACUGGGGACGCCCACGCCCGUCUCGUUGCAGGGAGGCGCCAUCGCCAUCCUCACGGCUGCGGAGAGGCCCAGCCACUUCUCCGGCAUGGUUCUCAUCUCCCCGCUGGUUCUUGCCAAUCCCGAGUCUGCCACGACUUUCAAGGAGCAAAGCCCUGCCUGACCCCUGGCCGUCUGGGUCCCAGCUGUGGUGCAGGGUCAGCCGAGGCCAAUGCCGGCCAAGGAAGGAGAGCGUCCAGGAUGGGGGCUGGGGGGGCAGCAGGCGAGGUCAGGCCUCUCAGUCACGUGCGUACGGGGGACAGGUAACAGAGGGAAAGAGCGGGCACGUCCCAGGCCUCUGCCCCCUCCCCGCUGGCCGUGUGCAGUGGCGCCGAGCCUCGGUGUCCUCGUCUGUUACAUGAGGAUGAAACCUCACGGUGUUUGUGUCAAAGUUACAAGAGUGGGCCCGACACACCUGGCAGUUGUCAUGGGGUGGAUGUGGUGUCCUCCCCCAACCAAGGCCACCGGGGCGCAGCACCUGUCGGCUCUGUGACGCGCGCCCUCGGUGCAGACCAAGGAUUCGCUGCUCGCAACCUUGCAUGCGAUUCUAAUUUCAGCGUUUCACAGCUCGCUUUUGAAAUAGCAUCUUUCCUCCCCGAGUGUCUGCACAGCCCAGAAACAGGAACAGCCCCCCUCUGCAGGCAGACGUGUGAGAUCCAGGUUCACGCUUCUCCUGGGUGAACAGUAGAUCCAGCAGGAGGGUGGGAAGGCCUGGACCUGAGUCAGGAGCACGUUUGGGAGCAUGCAUCAAGCAGCUGCUGCGCCCGUGUGUCUGCACACAGUGGUCCGUGGGCAGCUGAGGGAACAGGCCCAGUGACGUGCAGUGCCGCGUCCACGCGCCUGGGGCUGCACAGCCAGCAGUCAGGUCGGUCUCUCCCUCUGCCCUGCGUCCAAGCAGCCUGGUGACUGUUUCUGCCCCAAGGCAGUCGGCGGGUGCCUCCUGAUCAGGGCGCGUCCUGCCUUGUCUCAGGUGACUGGGUGCUUCUGCUCUUGCUGUGUCUUUUUAAGAUCUUCUGAGAGGUGCUUGUGCACAUGUGCUCAGAAAGGAGCUCCUGCAGAUCAUUCAAAAUCACGACCCACACGUGAUCCGGUGAAGGUGACCGCACAGAAUCGGGAGCAGCGAAACAGACGUGGUGUUCCACUGUCACCACGCGGCUGCAUCUCCCCCGGCUCACCCACGGCGGCCCCAAGCCAGACC